GACUCUGAUGCAAGGAGCAGCUGCGCUCCAACCUUGCACCGCCGACCUCACACCGCCCAAGCAGGGGGUGGCGCGCCUCAUCCCAUCUUCCUCUCAGCGCGGAUAGAGAUGCGGCGGCUGGAUCUGGCUAAGUGGCCAGGAGGAUGACGACUUCACCCCCCCCACCCCCGCCCCCAGUCAAAGUCAACCGGCCACUUCCAUCGGGUGUCGCCAUGUUCUUCCUCACGCGUCGCCGACCGGCGGCGAGAAAGAGGACAUCGCGAUGCUCGAGGAGGUUGCCAUCACCACCGGCGAAGAGGACGAGGACCUCCUUCUUGAUAUGACAACUCAGCCGUGAACUUUAAAAGAGCAAACAAGGUUCUGGUAUUGGAGUCUGAGCUGGUGUGUCCAGAGAUCUAAUACUUCGACACUACAGAUGUCUCUGCUAAAUGGUUUGUUCGAUCGCAUGGGAUGUGCUAAUGGAGAUGGCGAGGAAGACAAGUAGAGAUGUGUGAUGUACUCUUGUCAUCUACAUGGAUAGAUUCUUCUGUCCUAAAUCACGUGGAAGGUUGCGAUCACUGUAUGGGCACCUACAUUACUCCUUCUCCUUGACUAUAUGAGAUUUAUACCCGUUGCUCAAGUAUGUCAUGAGGUUAACAAAGGACUUGAGUAUACAUUAAAGUAUAAGCACCAUGAUUUAUUCAGAUGUUUGACACUUGACAGUAUCCGAGAUGCCGCAACAAGGUCUGGUGUAGUGUUUUACAAUGUUGUCAUUUCUUCACUUUGCAAAAAAUGGGAAACUGAUCGUGCCAUUGAUUUAUUUCGCCCACAUGGUGUUGAUUAUUUCAUAAUUCAUCAUUUUUAUUAACUUAUUCAUGUGAAGUGUAAUCUUGAAAGUUGCAUUUGCAGACUAUACCAUCUGAAAUGUCGUUUAUUAAUAACUGCUGGAGUGUAUAUCCUUCGUUAGAGUGAGUACGAAAAACUGAACCAAAAAGGGAAUGUAAUGUUGUCAGCGAGGAUGGGAUUCUUAUGCCUCAGGUUUCCCUUUGUAUCAUUGAGACUUGAGAGUAGAUUGUAGGGUAAUACAUUCUACAUGCAUGUGUGUUGUAGUUGUAGCAAGUUAGACAAGGUACCCCCCUAAUGCCGAGAGUAUGGAGCUGACGAAGGCUAUCAACAACAAGCUUCAGGAGGAGAAUGGUCUAACCUAUAGCCCAGAUCAGGUGCUAGCGUCCAAUGGAGCUAAGCAGUGCAUUGCACAAGCUAUGCUUGCUCUUUUCUCACGUGCUGAUGUGUGCUUUCGGGUUGCGAAGACAUAUCCCAAGGAAACUUGCGGAUGGUGAUGUCUCCGUCAUUUCCUGCCUCAUUGAAAGAACUGCCAAGAAGGCCACCAUCACAACAAAUUGGCCAGAGCUUCGUCGUGACACCAACAUCAAAGAAGGUGACAUUUGCCUUCUACUUCAGACAGCAGGCAAGGCAUUCCAUGAGGUGAGUCUCUCUCUCCCGCUCCCUGGACGGCGGCGGCUACUGGACUCGACGGUGGCGGCUACUGGACUCCCGGCCAGGAGACCACAUCAUUGAGAUGAGUUAGGUGUUGGAGAUGGCUGAACCGAAGACGGGUGAGCACGUUGUUGCAGAUGGCUUCGACUUUCCUCUUUUGUUUGUUCCGGAGCUGAGGCCGCCUCCGCCGCUGUUGGUGUUCACAUUAACUAUUAGAGUAGCUCAUUAUGUCUACAAGCUUGAUGAUGGAAGCGAGCAAGUUGUUGACAAGCAUGAUGUUGUGUUUGAUUUCAACAUUUCUGGUAUGUCAUGGGUUAGCUUCAAUGAAGCUGUGGCAGAACAUAUCAAAAUGGGGAUAGAACAUAUCAAAAUGGGGAUAGGCCAGGAGAUACAUAUGGCACUACAAUUGAGUAUCAUACGGUGUGGAAAGGCAAAGAUAUAGCACAAAAAGAGAUUUAUGGUAGCAUGAGGCAAAGUUUUCAAUAUUUGUUUAACUUCAAAGCGGAAGUUGAGAAGAGAUCCCCAGGAAGCAUUGUAGAGGUGGAUAUGAAGAUGGUUAACGGUAUAGUUCGCUUUAACCGAUUCUUUAUGGCUCUUAAACCUUGCAUUGAUGGCUUUAAAGCUGGUUGUAGACCAUAUCUUAGUAUAGACUCAACUGCACUCACCGGUAAAUGGAGAGGUCACUUAGCCGCUUGUACAACAUUAGAUGGGCAUAAUUGGAUGUAUCUUGUAGCAUUUGCAUUCAUUGAUGGUGAAACCGAUGAAAAUUGGACAUGGUUCAUGUCACAACUCAACAAGGCAUUAAGUCCUGUUUCCCCUCUAGCUAUAUGCACAGAUGCAUGUAAAGGUUUAGAGAAUGCAGUCCAAAAAAUAUUCCCUCAUGCAGAUCAAAGGGAGUGUUUUAGGCAUCUCAUGGCUAACUUCUCUAAAAAGUUCCAAGGAGAUGUGUUUGGCAGAAUGUGGCCAGCUGCUAGGGCAUAUAGGCCACAAGUUUUUAACUACCACAUGAAUAAAAUCCUAGCAGAAGCACCUGAUGUGCAUGAAUAUCUCUCAAGAUACCACAACUUAAAAUGGAUGAGAUGCAUGUUUGACCCCUCCAUUAAAUGUGAUUACAUCAACAAUAACCUUGCCGAGUCUUUUAAUGGUUGGAUUAAAGAUUACAAAGAUUUGCCACCUGAUGAGCUAGCUGACACUCUUAGAGAGCUAGUCAUGAAACUUCAUGAGAAAAGGAGAAAGAUUGGAAUGAAACUGAAAGGAAAAAUUAUUCCAGCCAUCAUCCAACAAAUUCAUAAUAGGACAAGGGGACUUAAACAUUUGAAAGUUGGGAAAUCUGGAGUUGCAAGUUGUGAGGUGAGGGACACAAGUAAAUACAACUUGCGACAUGUUGUGAAAACUGACCAAAGCGAGUGCACGUGCUUGGAGUGGCAGCACACAGGGAAGCCUUGUGAGUAUGCACUUGCUUUCUUGCUAGAUAGAAGGAACCCCAGAUGGGAGGAUUAUGUGCAUGACUAUUUCUCUCUGGAGAAGUUUCGGGCAACAUAUGCUGGAGAGAUUGAGCCAUUGACAGAUAGGUCUCAGUGGCCACAUGUACAAUUUCCAUUUGACAUGGAGGCUCCAUUAGACAAGAAAAGAGGGGUUGGAAGGCCUAGAAAGAACAGGUACAAGAGCUUCCUCGAAGGUGGAGAUGGUGGUCCUAAAAAGAAGAAAGAGCCAAAACAGCUAGGCAGCAAGAAUAGAUGCAAAAGAUGCCACAUUUUAGGCCAUAGGCAGUCCACGUGUCCGUUGAAUGGACCAAAGCCAAGGAAAAGAAAGAAGAGAGCAACAAGGUAUCCAGCUGAUGAUGAUGCCUCGGCACCGGAACCUGAAGUGGCAGCCCCACAACUUGAAGUUGUUGUGACUCCCAAUAGGGACAUGAUCACUAUGCCACUUAGUCUUCAAGGCAGUCCCAAUCCAGUGACAAGAAGGAUGUUGGCUACGGCGUUGGCUGAUGAGGCAACACAUGCAGCACCACAACUUGAAGUUGUUGUGACUCCCAAUAGGCACAUGAUCACUAUGCCACCGAAUCUUCAAGGCAUUCCCAAUCCCGUGACUAGAAGGAUGUUGGCUAUGGCAUUGGCUGAUGAGGCAUGGCAGCAACCUACCCCAACUGUGAAGGACACCACGAUGGCAUAUGACAUGGCCUCAACCUCGAAAGCUAGGAAGUUGACCCUGAAGAGAAGGAAGAUCUAGUGUUGUGCAUCAUCUUCUAUGUUCUCUAUGCUUUUGGUUGUAAUAUGUUAGACUUGGCACGCAUUACUUUGUGUGCAACAUGGCACCAAUUAUUGCCUUAUGUUUUUGGUUGUAAUAUGCCAGACUUGGCAGCCCCUACUAAUUUGUGCAAUAUCACAGCCUUAUGUUAGAUGAUGUAUGAAAAUGGAUGAUGUAUGGACAUGUGAAAUGUAUUGUGUUCAAA